UUCUAAUAAUGGAACAUGAGAAACAGAAAGCUUCAAAGAGGCUUGACUUACAAGGAAUUCGGGGUCUCGCCAUUGCUGCAGUGCUUCUUUAUCACUUUUAUCCAAAACAAUUUCCGUAUGGAUGUCUCGGAGUUGAUCAGUUUUUUGUGCUGUCCGGCUUUUUAAUGUGCUUGCUGCUGAAACGAGCUGAAAAUGAGUCUCCGUACUCUUUGAUAACUCUAUUUUAUUAUCGAAGAUUCAAACGGCUCCUGCCUCUCUACCUUUUAGUCAUUCUUUUAUCUUUAUUGUUUUUCUACAAUUUCUUCCCAAUUACCACAACUGAAACAAAUCGAUCUUCCGCCGUUCGAGCAUUGCUUUUUGUUUCAAAUUGGCCGAACCCCGUGAAAUUAGCUUAUAAUGCUAUGAACGAGAGAACUGGAGAUAUAUUUGCACACACAUGGUCUUUGUCUGUUGAAAUUCAAUUUUAUUUUCUCGUUCCAGUCAUUUUCUUGAUAGGAAAAGUGAUGCCAACUAGAUUUCAAAUAUUGUACUUUGCUAUAAUAGGAACUAUUUCGUAUUCAUACUUUUUAAUUUCACCACGAUUGAUAGCGAAAAAUUCGGUUUUUGCUAGGAUCUGGCAAUUUGUCGCAGGAAUGCUGGUAUAUCUUUGCACACUAUUGAAAAAUGAUCAUAUGUCUUGUAAAAAUAAUCAGGAAGAAUUUGAAAAGUUAUUAGACACAAAAAUGGUCGAAGAAAACAAAGCAGCCAAACCAAAACCUACUUCAACAACGAUUUCAAAAAUAUUUUCCUAUUUUUUCCUAUUUUGCUUUCUCUACAUAACAUUUUUUGCUUGUCACUUGGGAAGUUGGGUUAAGCCUAUGAUUACUGUGGUAACUGGAUGCUUGAUGAUGGUUUCGGAAGACAAUGAGUUUCUAUCAAACAAAUUUUUGGCAUAUCUGGGAGAUAUUUCAUACUCUUUAUACCUUAUCCAUUGGUCUAUUGAGCAAUACUGGUGGUUCACGACUCAUGGGGAUCCAAAUUAUAAAAUACAGGCAAUCCUGGUUUCAAUAUGUCUUGCCAUUAUCGUAUUUGAAACUUUUGAAAAAUGGUAUCUCAAAAUAAGUUCUACGAGCCUUGGAAUUCUGAUUUUGGCUCUCUUUGUGCUCAACGUAUUGUUAAUUGAAAAAGAUCAAGUAUUUGAAUUAAUAGGCGGAGAUAGCUAUGAUGCUCAGCAAGCCAACUAUAAAUGGAAUACUCACACAGUUCAAAACCUAUACUCACCUACUUGCAACUAUGAAUCCAAAGAUUCUCCGUUUGGGUGGUGUCGCCAUACGGGUCUGAACAAAACUGGCAAGUAUAAAAUAGCUAUAAUCGGAAAUAGUUUUGCGGCAAAUAAUGCCAAUUUGUUUUUUGAGGAAUGUAGUCACAAAGCUAACAUUAUUUUGCAAGGAGCAUCGGGUGCUUGUGAGCCUUUGUACCAGUUUUUUCACAAAGGUGAGACGUAUAAAACAGAUUUGAAAGAUUUUGAGCAACGAAUAGAAAAUGAGAAGCCAGAUUUUUUAUUUGUGAUUACAAAAGUUAUCGUUACAAACGACGAAUUACCAAAAAAUGUUACGUUUUGAUAAAGAUCCCAUUUAUCAAGUGAUGAAACUCCAGAUGCAGAAGUUCGUUAAUAAUGUCAAGCACAAGAUGUUCAUUCUCAAUGCACUCCCAGAGAUCAAUAGGUCGAUUGUGAUGAAGAUAGCACCCAUGUUGAAAAAUGGAACGGAUCCCGUGGUUAUUGAUAAGAUGCUCAUAAACGCAACAAGUAACAGUUUGUCACGGAAAAGAUAUGCUCAACUUGAGAAAGACUGUGGUGGUAAAUGCGAGCUGGUGGAUUACAAGUCCGUAUUUUACAACAUCUCUACUGGAACUUAUCGAUUUUUCGACACAAAUGGGUUCUCAUAUUUAUCGGUGUUCUCUCAAUUGACACCACUUGGUCUAGACCGGGUCAGACAUAUUUGGACGGGAAUUUGCAACAGUUUGUAAAAAGCUAUAAUUUUUAAUUGUAGUUGUUUCUUGAUUGGAUUCUCAUAAAAACUUUCGAACUA